AUGACUACUAGUGAGAUCAACAUAGACACAGCUACUUUAGAACAAUUACGAGAUGUUCUUAUAAACAAAUCAGGUGAUGUUAAACUUGCCAAUCGUUUUAGAGCUUUAUUCAAUUUAAAAUCGAUUGGAUCAGAACAAGAAACCAAUGCAGAAAAUGCUGAUAAAGCGAUCGAAUACAUUGCUGAAUCAUUCAAGGAUAAUUCUGAAUUAUUAAAACAUGAAGUUGCCUAUGUUAUGGGCCAAACCAAGAAUUUACAUGCUGCACCUUAUUUACGACAAGUAUUGGAUGAUUUGGAUCAACAAAUUAUGGUCAGACAUGAAGCUGCUGAAGCUUUGGGUGCAUUAGGGGAUUCUGAAUCUUUACCUUUGUUGAAGAAAUAUUAUGAUGAAGAUCCUGCUUUGGAAAUUAGACAAACUUGUGAAUUGGCAAUUGAAAGAAUUAAUUGGGAAAAUAGUGAUGCUGCAAAGAAUGAAACUUUGGAAAAGAGUUUAUAUACUUCUAUUGAUCCUGCACCUCCAUUACCUACUGAAGAGGAUAACGAUUCUUCUAAUAUCAGUGCCAAGAUUGAAAAAUUGAGAUUAAUUUUAAAUGAUCAAUCAAGACCUUUGUUUGAAAGAUAUAGAGCGAUGUUCAGAUUAAGAGAUCUUGGAUCAGAUGAAGCUUGUUUAGCAUUAGCUUCAGGAUUUGAAGAUCCAAGUGCGUUAUUUAAACAUGAAAUCGCGUAUGUUUUCGGACAACUAUGUAAUCCUGUCACUGUUCCUUCUUUGAUUAAGGUUUUGCAAGAUGAAAGAGAAGCAGGUAUGGUUAGACACGAAGCUGCGGAAGCUUUGGGAUCUAUUGCUACUGAUGAAUGUUUGCCUGUGUUACAAAGUUUCCUCGAGGAUAAGGAACAAGUGGUUAGGGAUUCUGCGGUUGUGGCUUUGGAUAUGUAUGAAUAUGAAAACUCAAAUGAAUUGGAAUAUGCCACUGUUUAG